AUGGGAAAUUUCAAUCAAAAAAAUUACAAAAAUGAACAAAAAAUAAUCAAUUCAUAAUAGAAAUCUCCUUUUUAAAUUGAAUUUUUAUAGUUUAUAAAAUAAGAGGAACGAUGCAGAGCUAUGUAAAUCAUUAUGAAUAAUUCAAUAUUUAUUAGUAGUUGUGGGAAUUUUGUGAAAGUCUAUUACUUUAAAAAUGGUUCUUUAUCUUUUUUAUAAUAAGUUAAACACAAUAAAUUUUCUGUUACAUUCUUAAGCUUUGCAAGAAAUUCUUAGUAUUUCAUAUCCUGUUGUGAUUAAAUAAUUAAAUUCUGGUCUAUAAAUGGAAUAAAUAAUCAAAGAAAUAUCACCAAGAUAAGAUAAAUUGAUAGUUGUUAUAGUUGUUAUGCAAUAAGUGAUUAAAAUUAAUAAGUCGUUGUUGGAAUGGAAAAAAAAAUUUAAUUUAUAUAAAUGGAUGAUCAAUGGAAAGUAAGUUAAUAUAUAGAAAAUCAUAAUGAUUAGAUUUAUAAUCUAAGUUUUAAUGAUUCAGAAACUAUAUUGAUUUCUUGUGGAGGAGAUUAUAAGAUUUCAAUUAUACAAAAUUUUAAUCGAUUAUGGAAAAUUAUUUAAAUUAUCAAUGUAGACGGGUUUGGAAAUUAAGCAGCUUUUAUUGGUGAUAAUACUUUCAUAUUUCAUCCUUGGUGCAGUAAAUAAAUGUUCUAAUAUAAAUUAAUAUAAAAAAACAAUUAAAUGUUUUAUUUAUCAAAUUCAAGACUUAUGGAUGGUGAAGGAGAUUUAUGUAAUUUAUGCUUUUCAUAAUACAUUAAGUAGAAGCAAUUAUUUAUAAAAUAAGAUAUGUGUUCUAUUCUUAUUUUUUAAGUUAUUGAAAAUUCAGAAUUAUAGUUUUUGUAAUCAUUAAUAUUUUAAAGUAUUUAAAUUUAAGCAACUAUGAGCAAUGAUGGAAAAUAUUUAAUUACUUGGGAUGAAGCUACUCAAAAUAUUUAAGUAAUAAAUAUUGAAUAUAAAUGA